GUAAGAACAGCAGCACGCACGUGGUAUUCAGGGUUUGCUCCCACGCGGCUUCCCUGGCUCCCCAAGGCCUCUGACACUUGUGGGGGCCACAGGCCCUACCUGAGGAAGACGCCCCUGGCCCUCCGUUGCUAUGGAUACGGAGUCCACCUACUCUGGGUACUCCUACUACUCAAGCCACUCCAAAAAGUCUCACCGACAGGGAGAAAGAACUAGAGAGAGACACAAAUCACACAGAAAUAAAGAUGGUAGAGGGUCGGAAAAAUCCGUCACCAUUCAAGCGCCGCCUGGAGAGUCCCUGUUGGCAAACGACUCUACGCAGAACGAGGAAGUGCAGGAUGACAACUGGGGUGAGACCACCACGGCCAUCACGGGCACCUCGGAACACAGCAUCUCCCAGGAGGACAUCGCCCGCAUCGGCAAGGACCUGGAGGACAGCGUGGGGCUGGACUGCCGGCGCCACCUCAGCCUGGCCCUGGCUGCCCUCCUAGGCCUGCUGGUCUUCCUCACGCCUGUAGCCUUCCUUCUGCUGCCGCCCGCGCUAUGGAGGGCAGAGCUGGAGCCCUGCGGCCCCAUCUGUGAGGGGCUCUUCAUCUCCAUGGCCUUCAAGCUCCUUAUCCUGCUUGUGGGCACCUGGGCGCUGUUCUUCCGCCGGCCGCGGGCCACCGUGCCCCGGCUCUUUGUCUUCCGCGCCCUGCUCCUGGUCCUAGUCUUCCUGUGCGUGGUCUCCUACUGGCUGUUCUUCGGGGUCCGCAUCCUGGACCCGCGUGACCGGAGCUACCAGGGCAUCGUGCAGUACGCAGUCUCCCUGGUGGACACGCUGCUCUUCAUCCACUACCUGGCCAUUGUCCUGCUGGAGCUGCGGCAGCUGCAGCCCGCGUUCACCCUGCAGGUGCUCCGCUCCUCCGACGGCGAGGCGCGCUUCUACAGCCUGGGCCACCUGAGCAUCCAGCGAGCAGCUCUGGUGGUUCUGGAAAAUUACUACAAAGAUUUCUCCAUCUAUAACCCGAACCUCUUAACAGCCUCCAAGUUCCGAGCAGCCAAGCACAUGGCCGGCCUGAAGGUCUACGAUGUGGACGGCCCGGCGAACAGCACCACAGGCCAGUCCCGUGCGAUGAUUGCUGCAGCCGCACGGCGCAGGGACUCCAGCCACAACCAGCUGUACUACGAAGAGGCAGAGCAUGAGCGGCGGGUGAAGAAGCGGAGAGCCAGGCUGGUGGUGGCCGUGGAAGAGGCCUUCCUCCACAUCCAGCGUCUCCAGGCCGAGGAGCAGCAGAAGGCCCCGGGAGAGGUGAUGGACCCAAGGGAGGCGGCACAGGCCAUCUUCCCGUCCAUGGCCCGAGCGCUGCAGAAGUACCUGCGUACUACGCGGCAGCAGCACUGCCACAGCAUGGAGGGCAUCCUGCAGCACCUGACCUUCUGCAUCACCCACAGCAUGACGCCCAAGGCGUUUCUAGAACGAUACCUCAGCGCAGGCCCCACGCUGCAGUACGACAGGGACCGCUGGCUGGCGACGCAGUGGAGGCUGGUCAGCGAAGAGGCAGUGACGAGCGGGCUGCGGGACGGGAUGGUGUUUGUCCUGAAGUGCCUGGACUUCAGCCUGGUGGUGAGCGUGAAGGAAAUGCCCUUCACCGUCCUCUCCGAGGAGUUCCUGGACCCCAAGGCCCACAAGUUUGUUCUUCGCUUGCAAUCAGAGACGUCGGUCUAGAACUUCUGCACAGGUGGCUUUCUUUUGAAAAGAAGCAGCAGCAGAAGAGGAUAAGCAGAGAUGUGUCCGUGCUGAGGGUCUCGUGAGUUCUUGGUGACGGACUGGCAGUGACAGCAGCCCCUGUGCGCGCCCGCACUUUACUUGAAGGAGGAAGAGGUGGCACCGCCCCGUCCACACCCCCCGUGGCGCUUGGGGCUUCUUCGUGGAUGGAACUUUUCAAGAAGCUGUGCCCAGAGUUCCUGGGACAGCAACCAACCAAAGUGGAGCUGCUGCCGCCAGCCCGGAGCCCACCCCCAUCGGCUCAUCCCUGUGACAGCUGUCAAUCAAAGCAGAGCUGCUGCAGGGAGCCCCGCCCCCAGCCACCCCCCUUACGCCCCCUCCCCCCAUCUCUGGGCCACUCCUCAUGCUGUGAGGGGACUAGUCUUUAUUUGGCUUCAGGAUACCAGAUACUGUGCCUGUGUGUGUGUGUG